AUGACAAGUGUCAAAGGAAAAAAAGGUGACGUGUUUGGAGAUCCACUGUACAAAGAAGCGGCCACCCAGUGCACCGCCUCCGUUAGGUGCCUCACCUACUGUGACCUGCAUAUCAUCAGCAGAGAUUACUUGACGCAAGUUCUCAACUUCCAUCAAGGAUUCGCCCAGUCAUUUUCUAGGAAUCUUGUUUUCACUUGCAAUCUUCGACAAAGAUUUAUAUUCCGAAAGAAGGCAGACGUUAAAAAAGAAAAUGAACUUAAAGAACGAGAUAAGAUGCAAUCUGAAGCAGAAAAAGCUCAAUCGCAGCCACUUCGAAGACUGCUCGUAUCUAGGCUUCGUAAACACAACAGCGGAAAAUUUGAAAGCAACAUUUUGGUCCCAAGCACAGUUGCUGAAAAUGUUUCGUUGAUCAGUAACAACGAGAGCAGUAACGACGUCUCAAUUAGGAAAGAGACUAACUUUAAUAUAUUAGCUAAGAUGACGAAAUUGAAUCAAAGCAAAAAUGAUGGGAAGAAAAACGAGAAUGGAGAUGAAAUUACGCAGAGGGCGAAACAUGAGGGCAGGUUGAAGGAUGUCCUGCAAGAAGAAGUGACGAAAGACACUCAGAAUGAAAAGAAGAAUAAAGUAGAAAACGUUAUUGCAGAAAAUGCAGAGUUAAAUAAAAGUGAAGACGUUGAAACAAAAAACCUCGAAGACAACUUUCCAACAAAGGAGCAGCCUCCCACUGAAGAACGCGAGGCAGAUGUCCAAAUGUGGGGUCCCAUCAACACCAGUCCAACGACUGUCGACGAUCAAAAACAUCUUAUAACAAUUUUAACGGAAUUGAAAAAUGACAUUAAUAAUAAAAAAAUUGAUUUAAUGAAAAAAAUGUCGGAAACGGAGCAAAAUAUUGAGUUUGCUUUGUUAGCUCUGAACGCAAGCUUCCUAUCGUGA